AUGUCAUCAAUUAUAUCGGAUGUUGAACUUAAAUCUCAUAUUGACCGAACAAUUGUUGAUAAUGAUACUGCUAAUGGAAACAUGUCAACCAAAGAACUUCGUUUUCGUACUUAUAAAAAUUUACUUGUACUUUGCGUGGCUUUUCUUCUUCAAUUUACAGCAUUUAGUGCUAUGGGUAAUUUACAAAGUUCAUUAAAUACUGAAGCUAAUGUUGGUGUUAAUUCUUUAUCAAUUAUUUAUGCUUUUCUUAUAUUUUCAUCAAUUUUUUUACCACAUCCAUUAAUUGCUUUAUUAGGUCUUAAAUGGGCACUUGUCUUAUGUCAAAUUCCUUAUCUUUUAUAUGUCGCAGCUAAUUAUUACCCAAAAGCAUAUCUUAUGUAUCCAGCUGCUGCUCUUGUUGGAUUGGGUGCUGCACCAUUAUGGACAUCGAAAUGUAGUUAUUUAACUGAUACAGGCACAAUAUAUGCUGAAAGAAAACAUGUUCAUAAAGAUAUUAUUGUUAAUCGAUUUUUUGGUCAAGUUUGGGGAAAUUUAAUAUCAUUUCUUGUACUUAAACCAACAGAAAAACUAUCUAAUGAAACAUUAUAUAAUGAAACAGGAAAAUACGAUAAAUGUGGAGCUGAUUUUAGUGAACAAGAAUAUAAAGGUGCAGAAGUUGUUAAUCAAAUUGAUCGAAAAACUAUUAAUAUUCUUUGCAUUGUUUAUAUUUGUAUAUGCGUUUGUUCAAUUUUAACUGUUAUUAUAUUUCUUAAACAACGACGAAAAUCAUCACGAGAUAAAAUAUCAGUUAUGCUUCGUGAUUCAGUUAAACUACUUAUUUCAACAGUUAAACAUCUACGAAAUGUAAACCAAUUACUUCUUAUACCAUUAACUAUGUGGUCAGGAUUAGAACAAUCAUUUAUGGGAGCACAAUUUACAAGAGGUUUUGUUUCUUGUACACUCAAUGCAAAAUAUGUUGGCCUAGUUUUAAUUGCUUCUGGUGUUUGUGAUUCAAUUGGAAGUUUUAGUUUUGGUCAAUUAGUAAAAUAUGUUGGUCGUUGGCCAUGUUUUGUUAUUGCUGCACUAAUAAAUUAUUCGUUAAUUAUUACAAUGUUUAUAUGGAAACCAUCAGAAGAUCAAAUGGUUAUUUUAUUUGUUUUAGCUGGCUUAUGGGGUUUAGCUGAUGCCGUAUGGCAAACACAAAUAAAUGCAUUCUAUGGUGUUUUAUUUGCUAAUAAUGAUGAAGCUGCUUUUUCAAAUUAUCGUUUAUGGGAAUCACUUGGAUUUGUUUUAUUUUAUAUUAUAACACCAUAUAUUCGUAUACGAAUAGCAUUAAUUAUUCUUUUAAUAUUUUUAUCAUUAGGUAUGACUGGUUAUGGUUUAACAGAAUAUCUUUGGGAAAUAAAAGCAAAAAAGAAGGUUCAAGCUGUAUCAUCAUAA